AUGAAUUCAACCAAAAGAACUCACCUACUCUCUUCUCUCCUCAUCUUCAUCAACACAACAGUUCUCUCUCGAUUCUCACUUGCAAAUGAUACACUAACACAAGGCCAAUCCAUUAAAGAUGGCCAAACUCUUCUCUCUUCAUCUAAAAUCUUUGACCUCGGAUUCUUCAGUCCUGGGAACUCCACUUCCCGUUACCUCGGAGUUUACUACCACAACAUCUCAACACAAUCCGUUGUUUGGGUUGCGAACCGUGGAACUCCAAUUACAAACUCCGGCGGAAUUCUCACCUUAACUAGUAGCGGAAACUUGCUACUAUUGAACGAUCAAGGUAACUUGUUAUGGUCAACAAAAUCCAAUCCAAUUGUAUCAAACACUUCGGUCACAGCUCGAAUAUUGGAUUCAGGCGAGCUUGUUAUUGGGUCGGGCGAUGGAACAGUGAUCUGGAGUAGCUUUGAUCAUCCGACUGAUACAUUUUUGCCUGGAAUGAAAGUGAGUUUAGAUCGAAAAACUGGGACAAGAACAGUUUUCAGAGCUUGGAAGAGCCCAAAUGAUCCUUCAAAAGGAAAAUACUCACUUGGGCUAGAUCUAUCAGGCUCAGGCCAGAUUUUUAUUUGGAAAGGGAGAAGGCCGAGAUGGAGGUCGGGUCAAUGGGAUGGAACUAGGUUCAUCGGUUCAACAAUGAGGCCGUUGUAUCUCUACGGAUUCAAGCCUAUAGUCGAUAAUAGCCAAAACUCUAUGUACUUCACGUUUACACAGUUCAACAGUACUCCCUUGAGGUUUGUGUUGCAAUGGGAUGGAGUUGAGAAUACAAGUAUUUUGGUUGAGCAGACUAAGGAUUGGAGAUCAGUUUGGGUGCAACCUGUAAAUGAAUGUGAAACUUAUGGAAAAUGUCGCGAUUAUGGGAUUUGUAGCAGUGACCGUGUACCGAUAUGUAGUUGUCUGAGAGGAUUCGAGCCAAGAUUCAGUGAAGAGUAUAACAGUGGAAAUUGGUCAGGGGGUUGUGUUAGAAAAAACCCGUUACAGUGCGAGUUAGUUAAUAGUACAAACAGAAGUAAUAAAAAUAUUACUGGAGGAAAUGGCCAAGGCGAUGGGUUUUAUAAAUUGCAAGCAGUGAAAGUGCCGGAUUUGGCUGAUUGGCAAUCAACAGUUGUGAAUGGAGAAGACUGCAGGAGUUCUUGCUUGAAGAAUUGUUCUUGUAAGGCUUAUUCUUAUGUUUCAGGAAUUGGGUGUUUGUUUUGGGGACCGAAUCUUAUUGAUAUCUAUCAGUUUCCUCAAGGAUCUGGCAGUGAUCUCUACAUCAAGGUUGCAGGUUCAGAAUUAGGUAAGAGAUGCUGA